AGCUGACGAGUGUUGUGCUGAGGAGACUGAGUGCAGAGCUCAGCUGGAGUCUGGCCAUGAUGCUGUGCAGUCCUCUUCUUGGAGCCCUGCUCACCAUCGUUGCGGGCUGCCUGUGUCUGCUCAAGCUGCUCAGGCACCGCGGGCCCCGGGAGCCACCUCUGGACAAAGGUCUUGUGCCCUGGUUGGGCCACGCCGUAGCUUUCCGGAAGAAUAUGUAUGAAUUCUUGAAGAGGAUGUGGGCCAAGCACGGAGAUGUGUUCACGGUGCAGCUCGGAGGCCAGUACAUCACCUUUGUCAUGGACCCCCUGUCCUUUGGCCCCAUCAUUAAGGACACACAGAGAACACUAGACUUCACAGAGUUUGCACAUGAACUGGUGUUGAAGGUAUUUGGGUACCGGCCCAUGGACGGGGACCACCAGAUGAUACACUCAGCCAGUACUAAGCAUCUGAUGGGACAAGGCUUGGAGGACCUCAACAAGGCCAUGCUGGACUGUCUGUCCUUGGUGAUGCUAGGGCCCAAAGGCCCGAGUCUGGAUGCCAGCUGCUGGCACGAAGAUGGCCUUUUUCGCUUCUGCUAUAGCAUCCUGUUCAAGGCUGGCUUCCUGAGCUUGUUUGGCUGCACGAAGGACAAGGCGCAGGAUCUGCUUGAGUCUGAAGAGCUGUUCACCAAGUUCCGCAGGUUUGACUUGCUUUUCCCCAGGUUUGUCUACUCCCUGCUGGGGCCCCGGGAGUGGGUAGAAGUGGGCCAACUCCAGCGUCUUUUCCACAAGAGACUCUCUGUGGAACAAAACCUGGAGAAAGACGGCAUAAGUAACUGGUUAGGCUACAUGCUUCAGUUUUUGAGGGAGCAGGGAAUAGAUUCAUCCAUGCAGGACAAAUUCAACUUCAUGAUGCUCUGGGCCUCCCAGGGGAACACGGGGCCAACCUGUUUCUGGGCCCUCAUGUUCUUGCUGAAGCAUCAGGACGCCAUGAAGGCCGUACAAGAGGAAGCCACCCAGGUCCUGGGUGAGGGCAGGUUGGAAGGCAGAAAGUCCUUUGCCUUCGCACUGAGUUCCCUGAAGCACACGCCAGUGCUAGACAGUGUGAUAGAGGAGACCCUACGGCUGGGCACUUCCCCCACUCUCCUUAGGAUGGUGCAGAAGGAUUGUGUCCUAAAGAUGGACAGUGGGCAAGAGUACCAGAUCCGCCGUGGAGAUAAGGUGGCUCUCUUCCCCUACCUCUCGGUGCACAUGGACCCCGACAUCCACCCCGAGCCCACAGUCUUCAAGUACAAUCGCUUCCUCAACCCUGACGGCACCCGGAAGGUGGACUUCUACAAGUCAGGCAAGAAGAUCCACCAUUACAACAUGCCGUGGGGCUCAGGCGUCUCCAUCUGCCCUGGCAGGUUCUUUGCCCUCAGCGAGAUAAAGAUCUUUGUCCUACUAAUGGUUAUGUACUUUGACUUUGAGCUGGUGGACCCCAACGUGCCUGUGCCCCCUCUACACCCAAGGCGCUGGGGCUUCGGCACCUCACAGCCCAGCUAUGAGGUGCGAUUCCGCUACCGCCUGAAGCCCAUGCACGCAGUGAGCUCAUGAGCCUGACCACACCCUGUAGUCCGGAGUGGCGCCAAACAGCCCUCCUCCUGGCUCUGUGGCACCCCUGCCACUCCCUGGGAUCCUUGCUGUCUUGUCACGCUCCGUGAAAGAUGCUGUCUCCCCGGGGGUUUUCGCCAGACCCUCCUCUUAGGAGGAGCACCCACGAACAGCUCAAUCUCAACCUGCAGCGGGUGUCUCGUCCUGGCGGACAAACUGAGCUUGCGCAAGUCAAGCAGCGUCUGGCGAAUGCUGCCUCAAACCCUCCUGCCCGCUCUAUUCGGUGCCCGUACUCCGCACCCUGGAGGUGUUUCUAUGGCAUCAAGCCAUGUGUGUGAUUAUUCCUAAUAAACCGGCUAAGAGAAAG